AUGUCGAAUGAUAACGGCACCCUUCUAGCCCGCCAGGUGCGGCGAUUUAUCGAAAAAGAUCCAGCGUCUAAGUCUCUAGAGAACGUAGAAGAAGAUGCAAAAAAGAUUAUUCUUAAGCUAGGAAACCCGAAGUAUUUUGCCGACGAAUCAGAGGAGUUUGAACCGUAUCCUCUACAGUGGGCAGUGAAGAGAUCAUUUGAGUCAAAAUACAAGAUGCUCCAAAAGGAAUACCCAAACCUGCCAGAUCUUAAAACGAAGAAAGCCGCGGCCGAUGAGGAAGCCAGAAAGAACGCCGCGGCUGAUGAGGAAGCCAGAAAGAACGCCGAGGCCGCUGAGGAAGCCAGAAAGAACGCGGCUGAGGAAGCUAGGAAGAAAGCCGCGGCCGACGAGGAAGCCAGAAAGAACGCCGAGGCCGCUGAGGAAGCCAGAAAGAACGCGGCUGAGGAAGCUAGGAAGAAAGCCGCGGCCGACGAGGAAGCCAGAAAGAACGCCGAGGCCGCUGAGGAAGCCAGAAAGAACGCGGCUGAGGAAGCUAGGAAGAAAGCCGCGGCCGACGAGGAAGCCAGAAAGAACGCCGAGGCCGCUGAGGAAGCCAGAAAGAACGCGGCCGCCGACGAGGAAGCCAAGACAAGAGCCGCCCUCCUGGAUCAGCUUAAAUCUCUGGAUUCUAAGCAGCUCGAAGGUCUUCUCAAGGAUUUGGGAGUCCCCAGUGGCAGAGGCUCUAGGGAGACAACGGUUGACACCACUAGCAGCUGGAACACAAGAGAGUCUAGCGUUGUUACUACAAGUUCUGGGCCCGAAUAUUGGCCGAAGGUCAGAGACAAGUUCGGCGAAGAUACAGACUACUGGUUAAACAAACUAUCAGAGACCUCUCAGGAGAACGACUGCGACUUCGUAAUUGUCAAGUUUUACCUCGAAUACCUUUUAAGGAAAGACGCCGACCGUAGCGUUGACGACUUGGGGGACGAUGCCUUCCUAUUUAUCGACAGCGGCCCUGAAACGCUAACGGGAUGGAUAUCACGCAUCUUCGCGGAUCUCGGGCGAGAGAAAAGAGAGGCGGCCGUGGGCUAG